UUCGCUUAGGUAGAAAGAUUACAUGAGUCGUGAUAAGCAACACAAUAUCUGCAAUGCCAUUCCUAAUGUUGAUAACCUUUCUUUCGGGAACAGUUUGUUAUUUCAUGGUUCGGUUGCAUCCAGGGUUUGAGCACUAUAUAUUCUUUGUGCUAUGUCUUUAUGCUAGUGUCACUGUUGUUGAGAGCUUAAUGAUGGCCAUCGCCAGCGUUGUCCCCAAUUUCCUCAUGGGAAUUAUUACUGGUGCUGGCAUACAGGGAAUAUUCAUGCUUGUUUCGGGCUUCUUCUGGCUCCCCAAGGACAUACCAAAGCCAGUAUGGCGUUAUCCCAUGUCUUACAUCAGUUUCCGUUUCUGGGCUCUUCAGGGGCAAUACCAAAAUGACCUAAAGGGAGUGGUGUUUGACAACAGGACACCAGAUCUACCAAAGAUACCAGGGGAGUACUCUUCUUGUCUUCUUGAUGCUGAGUUAUGUUUGGUCCUAAAGCUUCUUUGUUCUUGAAAUAUUUCUACUCAUAGAAUACGAGUAGCUUCUUUAAAACAAAACUUCUUUGGUGGAAAAUAUUGCAUAGGACGGAGAACCAUGAUUA